AAAACCUGCCCUGGCCCAGCCCAACGACAUACACCGAUAACCCGACAGGUGUUAGUAAAAUAACUUUUCUCAGCAUUUGUCAUCACAAUCACUUUCUUCUCUCUUCGCAUCACAGCCACUAAUUUUCCCCCUUCUCACUCUCUUUCCAAACCCUAACCCUAAUUCUGAUUCCAUCACCACCAUGGCCAAAAAACGAAAGCUUCGAUCUUCCGACCCCGAACCCACCAAGCCACUCGAAACCGAACCAAAGCCAGAAGCAGCCGAAGCACAACCCGAACCAACUACAGACCAAGAACCAAGCCAUGAAAACAUGGCCGUCGAUGAAGAAAUUGCACCGGUAGAAGAAGAUCAACCUCAAAACGAAGAACAAGUAGGUGAAGGCGAAGCAGAAGGAGAAGAACAAGAACAAGUAGAAGAAGAUGAAGACGAAGAGCAACAAGGAGAAGACGAAACCCUAGAAAACCGAAACCAACAACAAGACGCCGCGGAAGUUUCAAAUCCAACCGCCGUUGAGCAGGCUGAGACCGUCGAAGCUAACGGUGCUGAGGAAACUAACAACGAUGAAGAAGAGGAAGAUCUUGAUUUGGAAGACGAACCUGUUGAGAAGCUUCUAGAGCCUUUCACGAAGGAGCAAUUACACGCUCUCGUGAAGCAAGCUAUUGAGAAGUAUCCAGAUCUGUCGGAGAAUGUUCGUCAGCUGGCUGAUGUGGACCCUGCUCACAGGAAAAUUUUCGUCCAUGGACUUGGAUGGGAUGCAACCGCCGAAACCCUAACCAGUGUGUUUCAGAAAUACGGUGAAAUUGAAGACUGUAAGGCGGUUACUGAUAAGUUAUCUGGAAAAUCAAAGGGGUAUGCUUUUAUUUUGUUUAAGCAUAGGAGUGGUUGUCGCAGGGCGUUGAAGCAGCCUCAGAAGCAGAUUGGUAACAGAACAACAUCUUGUCAGUUGGCCUCUGCUGGACCUGUUCCGGCACCUCCACCGAAUGGUCCUCCGGUAUCAGAGUAUACCCAGAGGAAGAUUUUUGUAAGCAAUGUGAGUUCUGAUAUUGAUCCUCAGAAAUUGCUUGAGUUUUUCAAACAGUUUGGGGAAGUUGAAGACGGUCCUUUGGGUCUUGAUAAGAAUACUGGAAGGCCAAAGGGAUUUGCUCUGUUUGUGUACAAGUCUGUUGAGAGUUCUAAGAAGGCCUUGGAAGAGCCAAAUAAGAUUUUUGAGGGUCACACUUUGUAUUGUCAGAAGGCUGUUGAUGGUCCUAAGGGAUACAAGGGUCAUUAUCAGCAGCCUCAACAUCAUCAUCAUCAACAGCAUCAUUCCCACCAUCACCAUCACCAGCCUCACUACAAUUCAAGGAAAGAGAAGAACAAGUAUUCCUCUGGUGGUGGGCCAUCACACGGUGGUGGCGGUGGUCACUUGAUGGCACCUCCUGGGCCUGUUGCGGGUUACAAUCCUGGAGUCCCGGCUCAAGGAUUGAAUCCAGCACUUGGUCAGGCUUUAUCAGCUUUGCUUGCUAAUCAAGGAGCUGGAUUGGGGCUUGGAAAUUUGCUAGGAGGUCUUGGUGGUGCUCCUGUGAACCAAGCUGGGCCACCUCCUGCUGCGUAUGCUAACCAGGCUGCUAUGGGAUAUGGAAACCAGCCGGGGUUGCAACCACAGUACCAGAAUCCUCAGUUGGGGCAGAGUGGUGGUGCUAGACCUCAUCCUGGUCCAGGUGGUGCUCCUUACAUGGGUCACUAGAUACCCUCAUAGAUGCAUCAAACAUUUAGUUUUGGACUCUGCUGAUUCUUCUGAAGUACCAGGCCCUAUUCAAAUGCAUCUUUUAAACUUGUAACUUUUAUUAAUUACUAAAGAACCAGAUUCUGAAACCUGUAUUUUCUUUCUAUAGUAGAAGAUUUUUGCCAAGACUUUUUUGAAAAUCAUGCAGUACCUCUUGUCACUUUAUGGAAUUUGAGGCAUGUGUUGAAUUUUGGGGCAGAGAAAACUUUGUUACAAUAA